AUGAACUCGAAGAUGGUGUUUGAUAGACCAAUCUCUGUUUCCAAGGCUGCUUAUACUCUGGCCGACAAGGCUCAGGAGAACACACAGAGCUACGGAAACAGACCCUAUGGUGUCGGCCUCUUGAUUGCGGGUGUUGAUGACACAUCUGCUCAUCUUUACGAGUUUCAACCGAGUGGUUUGGUGACCGAGUACAACGCCUCGGCCAUAGGAGCGAGAUCCCAAGCAGCCAGAACCUACCUUGAGAGAAACUACGAAACCUUGGAUACCACUGAGGACCAGGAGGUGAUAAAGUUCGCCCUUCUAGCAUUGAGAGAGACACUUGCUCAGGACAAGGAGUUGACUCAGCAGAACACAAGUGUUGCUAUAGUCUCGAAGGGCUCCAAGCUCCGUCUCUACGAGGAUGAGCAGGUGCAGCAGUUCUUAGAUUUGCUGGACAGUACUGCUAACUCAAGGUCUAGAGGAAAUGACGAUGACAACGAUGAUGAGAAGGAGACUGGGGAUGAUGUCAAAACCGAAGAACCAGAAGCCGUGACCGAGCCCGAGCCUACAGUGGAAGGAGAGACCGGAGCUGCUGAAGGUGUUGCCUCAGAGGAUAGAAUGGAUACUGAUUGA